AUGUCGAAGGUCUGUAAGGAUUGGAGCUUCACCUCAAACCAUGCUUCUGAUCCAGAUGGACGCAUUAUCAUUAUUUGGAAAAAUCCUGCGGCUGUCUCUAUUCUCCACCAAUCUAGACAGUCUCUAACCUGCGAGGUCAACAUUGCUGGAACCAUUAAAUUCAUAUUUACAGCCAUCUACGCUGCAAACCUUGCAUCAGACCGUGCGGAUCUUUGGGUAGAUCUUCUUUCUAUCCAACAGCUCCAUCAGUUAGACAUCUGCCCUUGGGUUGUUGGAGGCGACUUCAAUCAGAUCACCCACUUUGCUGAACAUUCUAGCCCAACUGUGAACCAUCUUGACCCUCCCAUGACUGACUUCCGAAACACUCUAACCCAGCUUGGCCUCUUUGACUUACGCUACCUCGGCCCCCUCUUCACCUGGUCCAACAAAUGUCCUACCUACCCUGUAGCCAAGAAACUUGACCGUUUCCUUGUCAACCACCCGUGGAUUGCUUCCCACCCUCACAGCCAAGCAAAUUUCCUAGCCCCUGAAGUCUCAGAUCAUAGCCCAGCUAUCCUUGACCUUGCUGUGGACCUUCCUAGAGCAGGAACCAAACCCUUCAAGUUCUAUAACUUCCUAACCAAACACCCAGAUUUCUGCCAAUUGGUGAGAGCUCUAACAGACCCGACCAGUGCCAACUUCCAAGAAGAGAAAACAGUCAUGGCAAAGCUAGUCUUCUUACGAUCCAUAGAGGAGAGCUAUUUCCGGCAAAGGUCUCGCAUCUGUUGGUUAAAAGAGGGGGAUCACAACACUUCUUUCUUCCACCGCCUUACUCAAGUCCGCAACUCCAAUAAUUCCAUCCGCUCAUUCUGCCUAGCCAAUGGAGACAUCAUUUCGGACCCUAUAGCGAUGGGCCAAAUCGCUAUAUCUCACUUCAAAAACAUUCUUGCUCCCCCAUUCCUUCCUAUCACCACUUCUUCCCCGCUCUGGAUUCAGAACCUAACUGACUACCGUUGUCCUCAAGAGCUUCACAACUCCUUAACCUCCUUCCCGGUAGCAGAAGAUAUUACUUCAACUUUAUUCAAAAUUAACCCCAAUAAAUCCCCGGGCCCUGAUGGACUCACUUCGGGGUUUUUCAAAGCAGCAUGGCCAAUUGUGGGGGUUGAUGUUCUGUCUGGGAUCAGCUCUUUCUUCCGCACAGGUCACUUACCACCAGCCUCUAACGCCACCAUCCUCUCUCUCCUUCCUAAACACCCGGGUGCCUCUGCCAUUGGAGACUAUCGACCUAUCUCCUGCUGCAACACCAUCUACAAACUCAUCUCCAAGCUCUUGGUGAAGCGCCUCAAGCCCCUUCUUCCCAACAUGAUCCUCCCCAACCAGACUGCAUUUGUUCAGGGUCGCUUGCUAGUGGAGAACACGGUACUAGCCUCGGAGAUAGUCCACGGUUAUCACAGAGAUAAAGGUCCGAGUAGAAUUACCUUGAAGGUGGACAUCGCCAAAGCAUUUGAUACAGUCAACUGGAGAUUCAUUUUCAACUGCCUUCAGGGAAUGGGGUUACCGCAAACUCUUAUCCAGUGGAUCCAAGUGUGUAUCUCUACUCCUAGCUUUAUGAUUGGCUUCAACGGGACAGUUCAAGGCUACUUCAAAAGCAAUAGAGGACUCAGGCAGGGAGAUCCUUUAUCGCCAUACCUAUUCGUCAUCGCAAUGAAUUGUCUAUCACUUAUGCUAGAUAAAGCUGCUGAAGAAGGUAAAUUUGGCUAUCACCAUGCUUGUAAAGACACAAAACUAACGCACCUGUGCUUUGCCGACGACCUGCUUAUCUUUUGCGACGGCUCUCUCCAGUCUGUUAAGAAUGUGCUUGAAGUCCUAGAAGCUUUCAAGCAGGCAUCAGGGCUAACGGUAAGCAUUACCAAAACAUGCUUCUUCACAAGCGGUGUCCACCAGGCUGAAAUCGAUCACAUUGAAGAGGAGUGUGGGCUUUCUAGAGGGAUGUUGCCGGUUCGCUACCUGGGCGUCCCUCUCUGCACAAGGAAACUGUCAUUAGCUAACUGCGACCCCCUUAUUCAACAGGUCAAGAACAAAAUUAAUAGCUGGACUGCAAAAACACUGUCUUUUGCAGGAAGGUUAUUACUGAUCAAUACAGUGAUAGCAGGAAUAGCGAAUUUCUGGUGCUCAACAUUCACAAUCCCUAAGAAGUGCAUAGAAAUCAUAAAUUCUCUGUGUGGGGCUUACCUUUGGAAAGGAUCAUCGGAAGGCUCUCACUCUGCAAGAGUAUCUUGGGAAACGGUCACACUGUCAAAAGAUGAAGGAGGGCUUGGGAUCAGGAACUUGGUGUGGUGGAACAAAGCUUGCUCCGUCAAGCUGUUGUGGCUACUCUUCUUCAGAGCGGGUUCCAUCUGGGUGGCCUGGUUCAUUCAAAAUGUUCUCUCAGGUGAUUUGAGUAACCUGUGGACACUAAGAGAAAAGCAAACUCAUUCCUCAUCCACCAAAAAGAUUCUAAGGGUAAGAGAUUAUGUCUAUAAUUGGAUCAAAAUUGUACCUGGCAGUGGAAAGAAUUGUCGGUUCUGGUCAGAUAAUUGGAGUCCCUAUGGCAACCUGCGACAAUACUUUGGUUUGGCGCCUACUACUAGCCUCGGUAUAAGAGCAUCUGCCACCCUCCAUGAUCUCUUCCAGCAAGGUAGGUGGCUUCUUCCUCAACCUCGAUCAGAAGCCCAACUCAACCUCCACAUUCACCUCUCUACUAUCACCCUCUCAGAAGUGAAUGAUGAAUACACUUGGUCUCCCCUUGGCUCGCCGCUAUCAACUUUCUCAACAGGUCAGGUUUAUAAUGAGAUCAGACCCCAUCAACAAAAGGUCCCUUGGCAUGCUUCUAUCUGGUCAUCCAGAGCCUACAGGGAUCCUCCCUCCCAAAAUUCCAUCGAUUACUCAUCCUCAUCGCAUGGAAAGCCUCCAUAUACCUCCUCUGGACUGAACGCAACAACCGUCUCCAUCGGCAGCAGUUUCGGUCAACUGCGUCUCUCGAGAGGCAAGCCGACUUGCUCAUCAGAAACCGCAUCUCAGGCUUCCGAGACGAAAACCCCCGACUCUCCUCCACAAUGCUCCAGCUUUGGUUUGAUCGAUGAUCUUCUCUCGGUGUGA